AUGCCUGAGAUGACUGAAGAAUUGCCUGAAAAGAGUGUCAAACGCAUAGAAGAACCGGCCAUCUCGUUGAAGAAAAUCGCCCAACUCGAAGCCGAUUUGGAAGAAAUGAAAAAGGACAAAGAGACCGAGAUGAGUCGAUUGGCAGCAAAUAUGGUUCAGAUCGAGGCGAAUUUGAAAAUCGCAAAGUUGGAGGCCGAUUUGGUUGACGAAAGGGAAAGAAAUCGAGAAUUGGAAAGGAAAAUCGCCGAGACGAAAAGGAAGAACGAUGAUCUCGAGGCACAAUUAAGAACUCAAAACACGGAAUUAAGGGAAGGAAAGGCCAAGAUUGGAGAGCUCGACGAGAAAAUCAACGCGUUGCUGAGCAAAAACUCUAGCCUCGAAACCCAAAUACAAUUUGAAAGCGAAAAUAAAACGGCUGAAAUCAUGAAGUUGCAGGCAGAUUUAGAUCGAACGUUGAAUCUCUUGGAUCCGGGUGGAUGGUCGUAUUUGGCAAAAACCGCUUCUUGGUACAAGGCUUUUGAUCAAUGGAAAACAUUUGAUGAAGCCGUGGCAUAUUGUGCGAGUCAAAAGGGCCAUUUGGUCACAAUUCACAGUCAGGAAGAGAACGAUUUUGUUCAGAAACUCGCGAAAACUAUUGGUUCGUUUGAUCUGUUCUGGAUCGAACUGAAGAGAAAUCCGGACAAAGGAGAUGCUUUUGAAUGGACGGAUGAAAGUUCGGUGGAUUUCACGAAUUGGAUGGUGGGAGAGCCGGAUUCGAACACCCACGCUGCGCUUUGGGGCGGCGAUGGGAAAUGGGGAGCCUAUCCUUCUACCAAUCCGUAUCGUUUUAUCUGCAAAAUGAGCUCUCAAUUCUCA